AUGGUUCCUGAAGAGUUGAAAAUUAUUAGCUUUGAUGGAGAAAAAGAAGUUAUUGGAGUAGUUGGGAGGAUCAUCAAAUCUUUUUUGGAUGGAAAAGGCAAAGUGAAUGCCGGUUUCCGUGAGAAUGUGUUGUAUCUUGUGAAUGUCUGCCUGCGCAUUGUGUGUCUAGUCACUUACCAAAAAUUUGAGCCUUAUGAAGACUUUGGCAGUGCAACGACUGUUGUUGCGUCCACCAUCACGUCGAUUAUAACUGUGUGGUUGUUGUACAACAAGUUUGAGAUGGGGAUAUACGACAAGAUAGAAGUAUUUGCUGCUUGGUAUUUAUUUAUUUUGUCCAACCGCUAUGAAGAAAUUGUGAUGUCGGAUGACUUCGUUCAUGUAUUGCUGUUUUUUUGGAUUGUUAAGGUAAUAUUAACAUGGUCUAUCUUCUUCUACUAA